GUCCGAUGGUGGGUGCGGGGGAGUUUGGAGUUCAGUGGUUUACGCUUCACGUGUCCACGUUUCGUGCGCCGGACUUGAACACCUACAUUCUGGCGGAUAGAUUUGUUAAGUUGGAGUCGGAACCACAAUUUCCGGCGAGUAUUCCCUUCGGGACCAUCAACCAGGCGGACGGGACCUGGUCCAUGUGUGGGUGGAAGGAUUACCACGUUAGGUAUUGCGAGACCAUGUUUUUGAAGGUGUCGGUUGAUUUGGAGAAGGAUGAAAAGUUGGUUUUGGACGAGGUGAUUCCGAGUGAGGACGAGCAUUUGGGAGUGGAAAUAGCAGUUAUUGUUGGGAUUGUUUUCGUAGCAAUAGCAAUUGUAAUAACGAUUUAUAGGUGUAGGAAAGGGAAUGAGACCAUUUUAAAGAAGAUGCUACGAACUACUACAACCAUGUCAUUCCCUGAGUCUGAGUGGGAUAUUGAUCGUGAAAGACUAACCAUGGAAGAACAGCUUGGGGAAGGUGCCUUUGGAAGGGUGUUUUCAGCUCAGGCUCAGGAUUUGAUACCUGGUGAAUCAACCACCAAGGUGGCGGUGAAAAUUCUCAAGGAGAACCACACGGGAAGCGAUGUUAAGGAUCUGCUGGACGAACUGGAGGUCAUGAAGAAGGUUUGCCGUCAUCCUAACAUCAUCAACCUGCUCGGUUGCUGCACCAAGGAUGGACCUCUUUUCGUUAUCGUGGAGUACGCGCGUUACGGAAAUCUCAAGGAUUUCCUUCGUGAGCAUCGACCAAAUGUGGGUGGCACCAAGCCGGAAGAAUCGUACGUUCUCUCGAACGAUCAACUGAUCUCGUUUGCCCACCAAAUCGCCCUCGGAAUGGAGCAUCUCUCGUCGGUGAAGUGUAUCCAUCGAGACUUGGCCGCUCGGAACGUUCUGGUGAGUGAUGCGCUCACGAUGAAGAUCGCGGACUUUGGACUGGCUCGUAACAAGGACUACUACCGGAAGAGAACUUCGGGUAGGCUUCCGAUCUGCUGGAUGGCCCCGGAAUCUCUGCAGGUUGGGUACUUUGACUCACGGAGUGACGUAUGGUCUUUUGGAGUGGUGUUGUGGGAGAUUAUGACUAUGGGAGCACACCCUUUCAUGGCUAUUGAUACUUGGAAGCAGCUACUCGAGGAUCUACAGCACGGUAAACGACUGGAACGACCUGGAGGUUGUUCGGACGACGUGUAUAGGAUCAUGAAGGAUUGCUGGGAACUUCAAGCUGAACUACGACCAACGUUCACCGAUCUUGUGAAACAGUUGGAUCACUUGCUGUACGGGAAAAUAAACGAGAUCUAUGAAGGAUCAUUACAUCCCGAACACAUUAUGAGUAAACUUGGAGAAGGAGCUUUUGGCCAAAUAAUGCUUGCAGAAACAAUAGGACCGGAAGACGAAAACAUCUUUCCAGUAGCAGUCAAAAUGUUGAAGGACAACCAUUCCGAUGAUGAUGUGAAGGAUCUGGUGAGUGAACUGGAGAUCAUGAAGAUGAUUGGAAGGCACCCAAACGUUAUCAGUUUGCUUGGAUGCUGCAGCAAUGAGGGUCCUCUGUACGUCAUCAUGGAGUACGCAGCUCAUGGCAACUUGAGGAAUUUUAUGCACGGUCAUCGAUUCGAAGAACACUAUGAGCAGCGCGAUAAGAAAGCUAUUUCUACGCACCAGUUGAUCACAUUUGCAAUCGAAAUCGCUUCUGGCAUGGAGUACCUUGCAUCGAUCAAGUGCAUCCAUCGAGACUUGGCAGCGCGAAACAUCCUGGUCGCCGAUGGGUACGUCAUGAAGAUUGCCGACUUUGGGCUUGCUCGGGAUGUUCAGGAUCAUGAGUACUACCGGAAGAUGACACCCGGGAAGGUCCCGAUCCGUUGGAUGGCACCGGAAUCGUUGGAGCACCUUUUCUUCGAUUCGCGGACGGAUGUCUGGUCGUUUGGUGUGCUACUGUGGGAGAUCAUGACGCUCGGUCGUCAGCCGUACCUGAACGUCACCAGUUGGGAGUAUCUGUUGGAGUACUUGAAGCAAGGGAAUCGCCUGGAGAAGCCAGCCCAGUGUCCUGAUGGUGUUUAUGCUGUUAUGAGGGGGUGCUGGCAGCUGACACCGACGCAUCGCCCAUCGUUUGGAGAAAUUGUACAACACAUGAAGCUGUGCUCCGAUGCGAUGGACACAUAA